AUGAAAUUCGUCACAGCAAAUUGUAGCAUUGGGUAUCCUGUUUACGGAGCCAAGUUUCUGAACAACCGCAUGCUGUUAGUGGCAGGUGGUGGUGGUGAAGGAAACAACGGGAUCCCAAACAAAUUGACUGUAUUACGGGUUGAUUUCGCCAAGAAGAAAGUUAUCAAGAGGUUUAGAGAGAUCACUUUGGAUCCGAAUGACGAUUCACCAACGACUUUAGAUGUCGCCAACGAUACCAUAUUGAUGGGAUGUAAUGAAAAUAGUGAAAAGAUUAAGAAAGGUGAAGGGAACCAUCAUUUGAGGAAAUUUUUAUUUGAAAAUGAGCACUUAAAGUUUGUGGCGGGUAUCGAUUUUGAUAGAUCCAAUCAACCUGAAGAUUAUACGAAACUCAUCUACUUGUCCCGAGAUGGAUCUGUGGGAGCUGUUGCUUCUUCAGCCAUCCCUACUGUGAUAAGAAUUAUUGAUCCUAAAGAAUUGACAGAAAAGUAUGAAAUUGAAACUGGUCAUGAAGUUAAGGAUAUGCAUUUUGCGCCUGAUGGUAAAGUGAUUAGUUACAUCACAGCAUCGACUUUGGAAGUUAUUUCGAUUGUUACUGGUAGAUUUAUCAUUAGAAAGACAGAUUUUGAUUCCAACUAUUCUCUGUCCAAGAUUAAGUUUUUAACUGAUGAUGUGGUUUUAAUCGCUGCUGCUCUCAAGAAAGGCCCGGGUAUUGUUAUGAUCAAAAUUAGUUUAAGAAGUGGUAGCGCUACCGUUUUGAAGACGAAGUUUAUCACCAACAAAUUUAAGGGUGUUACUGCUAUGGAUGUGGAUCAUAAAAAUGAGUUGGCUGUAUUGGCAGGUAGUGACAAUUCUUUGGCCAUUGUUAAGUUGAAAGAUUUGUCUCUCGGCAGAACUUUUAAACAAGUGCAUAGUUUUGCCAUUACAAGAGUCUCAUUUUCAUCAGAUUCUGGUCUAAUCGCAAGUGUUUCUGCCGCUAAUACUGUCCAUGUGAUUAAGGUUCCUGAGAAUUUUGCCCAAUCAACUUCCAUAUGGUCCAAAUUGUUGAAAUUGCUGUUGAAUUUCGUAUUCAUAGCGUUACUUGCCUUCUUGGCUCAGAUCUCUUUGAAAUACGACUUGCACAACAGAUUGUCUAAAUUUGUUAAAGAUUGGUACGAAGAAAGACGUAAUAGAGCUAUUGUAAAGAGAGAGGACUCUGAACAAGUAACUCUUGUCGGAGCAGUGUCUAGUGAAGUACCUUCUUCUGUGGUUCCCACUUAUUCCAUAUCAAGUGAAACUAUAUCCAAUGUAGUUGAACCAACGAUCUCUUUCUCUAGUGGCUUGAUUAGUGAAGAAAAAGCUACCACUGCGAACGAUGUUACAACUAAAUCUAGCGUGGCUAGUGUACCUUUGAUCACUUCAUUACAAUCUUCAUCCGAUCAAAUUUCUCCCUCUGCCGAGUCCACUACUAAGGAAUCUUCUGAUUCUUCAACGAGUACCACUAGCACUACUAGCUCAUCAGCUUCGACUUCGACUCCAGUUGAGCAAAAUGUUGCAAGUGACAGUACGAUAUCGGAAAGUGAAAGUUCCGCACCUACUACAAGUGCUUCUGCGACAACUACUGAUACUUUGGCUGGAAUUUCUGAGCAGACAGCAGUUAGCUCCCUGUCUCAUCAUGGAGCUACUCCUAAAUCAGGAGAUUUUGAUACUGUAGCUGAGCCAGUCAACAAAGAAACCAUUGAUGAGGCUGUUGUUUUAGAAACCUCCACAAAACCUGCCGAUUCGGUUGAGACUACAUCGGCGAUUGGCACUACACCAGAGAGUGCUGGCGGUCAUUCAAUGACUUCUGAGACAUUAGAAGAGCCAUCCAGCUCUUCUCAAGAGACCUACGCCUCGAGUACGACUACAACAGCUGUCCCCUUGACAAAUUCUGUUGUUCCAAGUUCCAAGAGCACGACCAGCAGCGUGGAAACCACCACUUCUGAGUCUCUGACAAGCUUUCAGACUCCAACUGAUUUGACUUCUGAAAGCGCUUUAACUGCUUCUUCUGAAAUAACUACAGUUCCAAGUUCUCAUACGCAUGAGCAACAUGAUAAGAGCACCAGUUUAGCUGCCGCUGAAAUUGAUUCCACCUCAGAAGCCAAGUUGGAUACCUCGUUAGCUCAGACUCCAAGCAGCUCUUCCAAAGAAGUUAGUGCUACGGGGAGUAUCUCCCCUGAUGACGUGACACUCGAGAUUGCCGCAGAGACUCCAAGCUCAAGUGACAGCUCUAGUGUCUCCUCCAAAACUGUGAGUACCACGCCAUCUUCAGAAGCAUCCUCUGUGGUUUCUGAAAGUAGUGCAUCCACGCCCGAGGUCUCAGAAACUAGUUCAUCCACCUUCACGACUUCCAUUGCAUCUUCUAAUACUGCUUCCAAUAUUCCAUCUUCUAGCAUUACCACUACCGUUACAGAAGAUGUUAGUGCCGCUUCUACGACCACACCAACGGCUGCUGCGGCUUCUGUAUCUGAAACUUUGACAACUGAAACUACUAGUUCGGUGAUAUCAUCAGCUUCUGAUCAUUCCCUGGAUUCUAGUUCUAAAGUCUCGCCACCCAGUGAGACUACCACUACAUCCGCCGCAGUAACAAAGGAGUCUGAACCUACCAGCAGUGACUCCACCAUCGUUUUUACUGAAGAAGCGACAACUAGCAUUCCUCCACCGGUAAAUUUGGCGUCUGACACAGAAUCCUCAUCUGAAGGUUCUGAUGCCACUUCAUUGUCCUCUUCAAUCUCUAGAGAUCAGGCAAAGGCUACUCCUACUUCGAAUCAAAUCUCUGACUCUAUUCAUUCUGAAGAAAUUGUUCCGGAAUAUGGUGAGCAUCUCCAAACAGGAUCCAAACCUUUACAUACACAUCAAGAAACUGCUGCUACGACAGAAGGUGUAGAUUCUGUGUCUUCCUCGGUAUCUUUCAGCCAAACAACUAAGAAAACUGAUGACUUUUCAACAACAUCGACCCCAAAGGUGGAUGAACCUACUCAAGAUGUCGAUGUGAGCGCUAAAGAUGAAAAAGAUGUUGCUCAAGAAGAUUUUGUAGAAGAGGUUGAACUCAAUGAGUAG